AAACAUGCACAGGACACUUGGAAAACACACUAAAGGGCAUAUAAAACCAGAAAAAGCAUAAUAUGGGACCUUUAAAUUCCCAGCAGCCUCUCAUACAGGAUGACUGACCUGGGUGGGUGUGGGGGGCAGGGUUACAUUGAUGUAUACAGUAUAUUAUGAAGAGGUUGUUUCCCAUUAAAAACAAUCCAUUAAAUAUAUAUUUUUAUGAAGUAAACAAAGACUUUACUCUGACAAAGAAAGCUCAGGGGCUUUGUGUUAGGCGGAAUGAGGUUGAGUCGAGCAAUACGAGAUCUGAAAGAAAAGAUUUAGGAUUGUGUAAGGACGUGUGGUCGUCCAUGGAGGCCUUACAUCAUUCAGCAGUGACGAUGAAAUCAGAAUGAGCCUAUCAGAAACAGCGAUAGCUGUACCUGCUCAACAGUUUGCACAGAGAGUCAGUCACAGACGAGUAUAAAAACCUGACAAUCACAGACUUAGCUGGCACUGUGUCAGCUUUGUCUCAUUGUGUUGUUUGAUUCAAAAAAUCAACUUAAUAAAAAAAGUAACUACCCUGUGUUAAAAAUCCAAGCUAACUGGAGGAAACAGUGAUUUUAGAUUUAUUGGAAGAUACAAAAAAUGUUUGAAGUUUUGCAAGUGCUGAAGUAUGUAAAUGGUAAUUUGAGUUUUUAAAUAAUCACUGUGUCCCGGAUUGAGAGUUAACCAAAGGAAAAACAGUUUGACAGCUUUGUAAGAGUUUGUUUUCCACUUUGAUUUUAUGUGGAUGUGUUUACACUACCAGUCUCUUUCUUUGUUUAUUUUCAGACAGCAGAUGCAGCAGUGUAACUUUAUCUAGUAAUGAAUGAGGAGGCUUUGGCUUUGUGUCGGGUAUCACUGAAAGUGUUUCAGAACUGGUACCAGUAUAAUACUAUAACUAGAGUUAUUACUCCGAUUGAAAAAAAACCAACACUUUUGCUACUUAAUAAAUUGUCCUUUAAACUUGACAGACAGCUGGAUAUCUUUGUCAGUUUAACUGUUUAAUCAGGGUAACUGCGGUCAAAUAACUGAAACAUUCAGGCCGAGCAUUAAGUUCUCAUUUUUGGUCCUUUUCAGUUUUCAACACUCAGUUUCGUGAAGUCAGCGUCUUUACUACCUUGUACAUCCUCUUAAAAUUCAAACCCAUUGUUGUGCCACAGUUUAUAUUUGUGCCACACUAAUUUCGUGUUACAUCUUGUUACUCAGCUGCUUAAGUCUUUGUUUUUUGUUGUUUUUUGUUUUUGUUUUGCCACUUUAUACUUAUCUUUUAUUAUUGUUUUGUACCAGAUAUUCAAAAUAGAAAUGACGGUCUCACAUUUGUGUCGACACAUUGACACAAACAGCAAGAGUGUGUGUAUAUUUGACUAAUUAAAAAUAAAUAACAUUUAUUGUACUGUAUGUUUGUCAUUUUUGUCUUUUAGGUAAGUGUCUGAUUGCCUUUAGCACUGACCAAAACAUAAAGAUAUUAACUCUCACUGUGUUGUUUAUUUUAUGUCUUGGCCUUGGCCUACUGCUCAGGGUUCAAGUGCUUAAAUCUAACUAUGGAUUUCAACACAGUGACACACGUUCUAUCUUAGGUGGCAACUCUUGUGGAUAAUGACCUUUAUCUUUUUUUUUUUAAAGCAUCACUUUCAUUGUACUGCCGUUAAAACUUACAAAAAGGUGUUUUAGAAACUCCAAGAAGUGAUGUUUCUGUGAACAAGAUCAACAGCUCCCAUUUACUAGAAUGCAACAGUGUCUCCCUGUUUAAGGUCGAUUAAUAAGUUCAUUACCACAGGUUGCUGGCUGUGCACCAUAGAUGGAGAUUAUAGACCUAAGACUUUAAUACCCUCAGACACCUUCCCAUGCCUAAAUUCCCCCCCCCCUCCUGGCAUCCUCACCAUCAGAUCCCCUCAGUCUCCACUUUUUCUCUGGACUGUUAAAAACAAAGUGACCCUGAUACCAUGAAGACCACAUUCGCCCUGCUGCUCGUUGUCUCUCUGGUGUGUCACAGCCACGCCCUCAAAUGUUACUCGUGUGUGGGAAUGAAUGAGGAGGACUGCAACAGACAGGGCUCCUCAACCUGCCCUCACUAUGCUGAUGCCUGCUCCACCAUCACAGGGGCCAACACUGUGAUGAAGUCGUGCACCUUUAAAUCGUUCUGUGACAAGGCUCAGGGUGAAAGCCCCGGGGCCAGAAUGCAGUGUUGUUUCAGUGACAGCUGUAAUGGACCCCGCAGGACCACCAACCCCUGGGCUCACUACCACACCAACGGUGUGGGGGCCGUGUCCUGCAGCCCCAUCCUGCUCAUCACAGGCCUCCUGCUGCGUGUGGCCCUAAGUCAUCUGUAAAAAAAAGAUAGAAAAUAUAGACAAAACUCCACUUUAGUUUUCCUGCAGUGAUUUGACAUCUUGUUUUUAUCUGUGUAAUGAGAUCCACCAGUACACCCCUCCUCUUUUUGAACAGACUUUCAAUGGAGACUUUAAUUCCUAGUUUACAGAGACAGAGUAUUUGAGAUUCAUAAACAUGUUUGUGAUAACAAUGUUGGUGCUGUAGAUAUGUCUUAUAGAUAAAAACUUUCAUUCAGGCUGUAGAUUGUCUUUGUUAUCUGUAAUAGUGACCUUAUGAUGAAAAGUUAUAUAUUCAUGUUAAGGUGUUUUAAGCUGUACAGCAACCUCACUUACAGUUCUUACUCCUCUGUAUCCCCUACUGUACAUACAUUUUCAAAGGAGCUCCCCCCAUUGCACUCUGUCAUUGGGUCCAUGUUGUCAUUUUCCCCAUGUCAGGCUCAUCUUUUCAAGCCCCCGUGUCAUCUUUACAGCAGGUGAUUUUGGGCCUCCCAGGUUUCUCUUUUGCCUGGUGGUGUCUAUCUCAAGGCAACUCUUCUGACCUGGUUCUUUUCCAUUCGCAACCCGUGACACUGACACAACCAUCUGUAUUUGAUUUCCUUGAUUAUGUUUUCUUGUUGAGUUUGAGGUUGGAUGUACACCGACUUGAACAUGACAGUAUGUCUUGUGAAAAUACAAGUACUUAGUCAAUAACACCAACCUGUGGUUUUGCUUUGGUGUGGUUAUUGUAGAUGCCAGGAUGCCUCAUUGUGUGCGCACAGUCUGCUUAAUGCAACAGAACUACAUUAUAAGCCUGUGUUGUUGCCAUUGGAUCCUGAGAUUAAACCAUUUUAGAUCUUUGAAAAAUGUGGAAAAACGUACUAACAUUACUGUUUAGUGCAUGAAUUUGUGUCUGAAAGCUUGUCUGAAUAAAAACACAACCUCGUU